AAAACGUACAGCACCGGGGAUUCGCUGGUCGUCACCGACCCAACUACUAAUCCGGCGGUUGGUAGCUUAUCUAGGGGAGAGCGGACGGGAUCCCGAGUUCUCUACCACCUAUGGCCGUGCGUGCUAGGACCUGUGAAAGAUCUGGAAUAUAAAGAGUGGUUGCGUUACGGGUGUUGA